UCUACGGGUUGUGGCGAAGAAGAGGCUAUCGGGACCAUUUCCUCUUGUGGUGGGACGGGGGGCACAAUGAGUGACGCAUACAAGGCGUUGGUCACCCCCAGCUGGCUGACCCCUGACCCCACAGCCUGGUCCAGCAGCGGAGAUGGAUUCACGGACAACGCCACCUACUCACCUUUGGACUCCUUUCCCCCGGUGCCCCCUCUCCUGGUCAACCCCUGGGACAUCUUGCUGUGCUCCUCAGGGACCCUCAUCGCCUGUGAGAAUGCCCUGGUGGUGCUGGUGAUCUGGCAGAACCCGUCUCUCCGAGCCCCCAUGUUCCUGCUGAUCGGCAGCCUGGCCCUGGCUGACCUCCUGGCUGGUCUGGGCCUGGUGCUCCACUUCACCUUGGCCUACCUGCUGAGGUCUGACUCGGCCCAGCUGCUGACUGUUGGUCUGGUGGUGGCCUCCUUCUCAGCCUCCGUCUUCAGCCUGCUGGCCAUCACCAUAGACCGUUACCUGUCACUCUACUACGCACUGACCUACAACUCAGAGCGCACUGCCGCCUUCACCUACACCAUGCUGGUCCUCCUCUGGGGCCUGUCUCUCUGUCUGGGCCUACUUCCCGUCACGGGGGUGAACUGCCUGGCGGAGGAGUCGACAUGCAGUGUGGUGCGCCCGCUGACUAAGAACAACGUGGUGGUGCUGUCCGUAUCCUUCCUCCUGCUGUUCGGCCUCAUGCUGCAGCUGUACGUGCAGAUCUGUAAGAUCGUCAUGCACCACGCCCACCAGAUCGCCUUGCAGCAUCACUUCCUGUCCACCUCGCCCCACUACGUCACCACCAGGAAGGGCGUGUCCACACUGGCCAUCAUCCUGGGGACGUUCGCCGCCUGCUGGAUGCCCUUCACCGUCUACUCACUGGUCGCCGACUACACGUACCCACCUCUCUACACCUACGCCACCCUGGUGCCCGCCACCUACAACUCAGUCAUCAACCCAGUGAUCUACGCCUUCAGGAACCAGGAGAUCCAGCAGGCUCUGUGGCUGGUGUGUUGUGGCUGUAUACCGGCCAGGGUGGCCCACAGGGCACGGACCCCCAGCCACGUCUGACACAGACCCAGGCCCUGGGAGGGAAGGAGAGAGGUGCCCUGGGCAGAGGAAGGCAGGCAGGCAGGGCUCAUGCUGGGUCUACUGCAUGGCUCUGUGUCUCCAUGGCUGGGCUGUAUCCAGUGAAGGAUGGAGGCAGCAGCAGGAGAAGGGGAGGUGGAGGGAUAAGUAGAGGCAGAGACAUACAGUAUAUAUCUUUGAGUAUAGGGUGGAGGAUUUGGUACAAAAGUGUACUGUAUGCCUACUGUACUACUGUCCGACCUGCUCUAUCUCGGUCUUCCCCGUUUAAAUAUAAAACAACAUCACAUGAUCUGACCGCUGCCACCAUAGGUGUACCAUCCCCCCUCCACACCACCGUUGGGUUUACGUGCCACGAGGUGUUCUGCAGAUGACUGGGAAAGGAUGGUCGCAUGGCGCUGCAGCAAAUGUAGAUUACAUAGUUUUAGCCGCUUUUAAUGAUGCGCGCUUUUUUUCCUCCAUAAAAGGAUUGAGAGAUUAUUCUAGACUGUUUAAACUUGUCCCACAAGUUAAAAAGCUCGUGUGUGUGCAAAAAGGCAAUGUAUGUAUCCCAUGGACAGAGAGGGAGAGCGAGAGGAGUAGUGGGGGAGUGAUGAGCAAAAGGGGGCGAUGAUCAAGAUGCAGACGUUUCCCUACAACGAAGCCGGGCGGCGUCUAGAGCAUCUCAUCUCGCUGCUGCACUCUGAACGUGCUUUGAAAGCUAAACAACCGCGAGAGGCUAAAAAUAGCCCCGGCGCUCUGUGAUCCGCGCGCCCUGCGUCCUCCGCAGACACCGAGUAAAGAAACCAAGCCGAGGAGGAGGAGAGCGGGCGCUUAUCUUCCCUUCCAUCCAUCUUCCAAUCUCCAUCUCUCCCCAUUUCACGUGUGAGAAUGUAUUAUGAUGUUCUGUUUGCUCUACAUCCCGAGGUGACAACAGCCUCCAGAAUAUAAGUACCCUUAUUGCCCUACCCCUUGCGCGUGCCAAAUGCCCUUAGAUUAUGAUUAGACCUAUGGGUUUGAUCUUUUUAUCUCCAUUUUAUCCAGUCGCUUCUUCAUACAUAAACAGCCCAAUUCUCAUAACUAACUCAUUCUGUAUUUUACGCACGCCAAGUAGGCUGACUUCUCUUGAAAGUAGAGGAGAGUGAAAUGUUCCCUCUGCAGACCAAGCAGACAGUUAGACCGGCUGGGAGCUGUUGAAACUUUAUGUAUUGUGGGAUCCUCGCUAUAUGAGCCAAGUUACAAUUACCACCAAGCAUGUUAACCAUAUUGGCACUAUGUGUGGGGUGUUUGCGUUUUAUGCCAGAUACCCGGGUUUGCCUCCAGCUUCCUCUUUUUGCUACAUUGUUGUCAGAAGUGGGAUGGCGGCCGUGGAGCCAUCGGACUACACAGCCCGAGGUGUAUGAAGCAUAGGACAUUAAUGAAUACCAUUUCCCCUGAUAUUGCAACCAGGUCUCAUACCAUUAUGUAUUAUCCUAUAUGUAAAUCCAAGAUACUACAUUUUGUGUGAUAUGUUAUGUUUGGUUACAUAAGACAGCCUUAACUCAAAGACUGCAAGUUUGAUAUCAUCACUGACACCUUCAGCAUUUUAGCUAAUUAGCAACUUUUCAACUACUUACUACUUUUUAGCUAAUUUCCAACUACUUAGCAUGUUAGCCAACCCAUCACCUAAUCAUAGCCCUUUUAGUUAACCCUAACCUUAACCCUUUAACCUAACUCCUAAACUUAACCUUAACCACUAGCCUAGCUAGAAUUAGGAACAUAUCAUACAUUUAGCAAAUUUGUGACAUAUUGUACAUUUGCAACUUCGUAACAUAUUGUACGUUUUGCAUCUUCGUAACAUAUAAUACAAAUUGUAAUUCGUAACAUAUUAUACGAAAUGGGGAUGGACAUCCACAAAGUAAUAAGAGUGUUGAUUAUCAAUCAUCUAUGUGACAGACCAUGGUACAAUAAGUGUAUUUAUUUUCAAUGUUUUAAUCUUUGGAUAACAAGAAAGGAGGAGAGCAGUGACACGUCUUGUUCUUCCAGCUAUGGAUGUCUCCUGCCUCCACUUCCUUACCGUGGCUGACAGAAGCCAGUCAACACCACCCUCUGAUUUAGAGCGGUUGGGUUAAAUACAGAAGACGCCUUUCGGUUGAAGGAAUUCAGACUAGGUAUCACCUUCCCUUGAUCAUAGCCAGCGGUGUGGACGUCAUGCUUCUACUUGCCUAGCGAGAACCAACGACUUCCUUCUGAUUCAGCUCAUAAUGAGGCUUGAACCCAGGACCUCUGCCUUGCUAGCACACGUGACCACCCUCCUUGACAACCGUUUGAGCUAUCGGAAAAUAUCUAAGCCAAUAGCUCAAUUUCAAGAUAGCUGUGGAGUGAGCUGACGGGUACAUCCUUAAUACAUUCACCCCUUCUAAACUCGCUUCAUAGCUAACAACCCGGCCUUGGAGCCGAGCCCAACUGCGGAUCACGGCACCACUGUUAUGGACGUCGCGCUGCUUGCCUAGCAAGUACCACUUCCUCCUGAUUCGGCUCACACCGAGGCGCAAACCCAAGACUUCUGUUUUGCUAGCACACAUGACCGCCGCCGUCUUUGACAACAUGGCAGCCAUUUGAGCUAUCAGAAUAUAUCUAAUUCGAUAGCACCAUCAGCGACAUUUCAAGCUAGCUGUGGAGUGAUCUUAUGGUUGUUCUUAAUGCUGUUACAGCAUCGCCCUUCACACAUUGCUUGUUGAUGAGGGUCAAUCGGCCCUCAGUCCUCAUUCUGCCCUGUCAUAUCAGCCAGCAGCAACAACUAAGUGUUAGUUACUUCAUGGACCGAUAGCAAUACUCUGUCAGCAAUAAGCAAUAAUGUGUAUAAGCCCUAGAUGACUAACAGGAGGCGUUGUAUUGAAGCCACCUCGGUACUCCCCCUCCAGUGUAAACAAUAUUUAGGAAGACAUAGAAAUGCAUUUAUUAAUGCCUACAUUAGUGUCUGAUAACUUAAUUAUAUUACAGACACUUUCAUGCAUACUUUAAAAUAUGUGAGCUAAACAUAAAAUAUUUAAAAAUCCUUAAAGUAUUUUGUUAUUACUCAUGUUACAGUCCCCUCUACGACAAAACAAAUACUUAAAUGCAUGUAAUUUUGUCCUUGAAACAUGUAAUUGAAAGAAUUCUGUAGAAUUCCAUUCAUUUCUAUGGAGGACUGCUGCUACUGGGGAGGGCCAAUAUGGCCGACUGGUGGCUUCAAAGCCUCUCAAUGGCCAAUACAUAGCAUCCGCAAUCCAGGGUUUAUAAACAUCAUUGGCAAUAACAGCCUCUUCCCAGCAGCAUGACCACCUCCAGCAUGAUGAUAUACAAGGACAACGAACAACAGCCCUUAUCUACGAUGCCAAGCAGAGUCCUUAUACGACCAGGCCGAAAGGGACUCUGAACUUCCCCAAUACUUGUGCCGUGUGUGAUUUCUCCAAAUGGGAAAUUAGAUCUUGACUUGUGUGUUUUGUUUUUGAAAAUGUGAAUGGGACAGGAUACUGACUGCCACCGUCCAGUAUUCUGUCAUCACUCAUUACAGUGUCACUGCCUCCUUUGAUCUGAAUCUACUGCUGUAUUCUCUGGCUACGGGCGUCUUCAAUAUCUUACAUGGAAUGAAACCCGGACUCUGUGAGAAAAUAUCUCACCGGUUUUCAGUUGCAUCUGCCUUUGUGAACAUAUUAAGUGUCUGUGAUUAAGGAAAAUCUUUCUGUGCAUAUGAGUUGCAUGGCCUCUUGAGUGUGUGCAUUUGAGUAUGAUGUGUGUAUGUGUGUGUGUGUGUUUGUGAUCAGAAGCACAGACCUACUGUAUAGCUGUCUCCAUGGGGACAGUAGAUCUGAGGAUUUACUUUCUGCGUGACCCUUUCACCUCAGGGGAAAUGGCUGCCAGUCUUCCAUCAUUCUGAGAGAAGUGGCCUCAUCACACACAUUCCACCAGAGGAAUGACGUAGAGAAGGAUAGUUCCUGAUGUGUUGAACUGAAUAGUGGAGGUAUGCAGCAGCUGACCCUGAGCAGUAGUGUGGGGCUAAGGCAAAUGACGUUGCGUGACUGAUGGAAUAAGAGCUCCUGUCAUAGAGCCUGGUAUCACAAGUUCUUGUGGCUCUUCACAGACCAACAAAGCCAAGAAGACAUGUCCUUUACCUUUGAUGAAUAAUCUAUUUUGUUAUAUUUAGUGAAAGUUUCUAUAUUUUUUUCUAGCGUUGACACGCCUGAAUUCUGAUUUAUCUAAAGUAUCUUGUAUUUUAAUGCGCUGUAGAGCCUCUUCUGAAUGUAUUGGUAAAUAUACUUUGUUUAUUUAAUGUGGCAGCCUGUUGACCAAUUAGAUUCUGUAGAUAUAGCAUGCAUAUCUUUUUAUAGGGGUGUUAUGACAUCACGUAUGGUGCUACCUACAGCAUGGGCCAAGGGGGGCUCAGGUGCACCAAUUUUGAGUGACAUCACAUUUCACUCCCAAUUACUGUUUUCUAAAGCCUGUUUACAUUUCAAUCCCUAGCCCCUUCCCCCAAUCCCUCCCCCUUCUUUAGGCAGAUCUGCAAAGUCUGGAGAGGUGAAAGCAGUAUGGCUUACACUUUACUUAGCCUGUUGGAGGGCUAGGUGGAGCUGUCGCAGUACUUUCACCUAUCAACAAUCUUGAGGAUGUGCCGGACCAAUGAGCUAAGGGCUAGGGACAGAAAUGAAACCGUGCUUCCCUUAUUUUUUUAAUGUUCUCUCAUGUACAGUAAUGCCAAUCGUUCAAGGCUCUAGGUGAGCUUUCGUAGUUGGGAUAUAGGUGCAAACAAGGGCUUCACAUUCUUGAGUAGACAAAGAAACCACUGGUGUGUGGGUAUGGUACUGUUUGGAUAGCAUAUUUACUUAAUGUUAAAGUAUUGUGCAGUGUAAUCGCACAGAAAAGUGUCAUUUUGAUUGUACAGAGGAAUGAACUUUAAUGUGGUUGGAGGAGUUUCUAGUGUUACCGGUGGGGUUUCAAGAGCUGUAGGUGAAUUAUGUGGUCUGGUACCCCGAUCCAGAGCUAAAUUACAAGUCUUUUAACUCCUCAAUGGCUGAGAAUGGGGAGGGAUGCUACAGUAACAGCAUCUUGUGUAGACUGAUGCGUUGUUUUAAAUGUGAAAUGCACUUUAUGUUGUUGGACAAAAAAAUGGCACAACAAAUUAAGUAUCUGCAAAAUGAAAACUAUAAAUGAUAAUCAACAUGCACUAACUGAGAUAUUGUAAGACGUGUGAACGUGGUGUGUAUUUUUUCAAGGUGUUAGAUGUAAAUUUUUGUUGCUUUGGUUCGUUUACCGAAUUGAGAGAUGUUGUUAAUUUUGUAUUAAAAGAAUGUGCUGUGCAUUAAAA